AUCUACGUUCUUUUUUCCUCUGUGGGAAGCCAUGAUGGCAGUUUGAGAGCGGAGCUGCGGAGCACCCUGAGGAGAGAUGAGUCCCGCCGAUAAACCGCGCAUCUUCACGCUUCUCCAACGGCUACCGUCGCACAUCUAACACGCAGUUCAGGUGGAGACUGUCAGUUGUAUUUUUCGUGGAACCAACUCGGCCAUCCAACGACGACGAUGAUCAUUCGUUAGGAGGGUUUUGAGGGGGGGUUUAGCAGUGGUGGCUAGCGGGCGAUGCUAGUCGGGAAAGGCUCGCCUGUGUGUUUUCUUCUUCGCGCGAAGAUGGAGAGGAUUCGCUCCUCUCUUUGGACCUGAUCACGGCGCGCGCGCCGGACACACAGACUUCUGCCUUACUAUUAUUGUUAUUAUAUCGGAUGCGUUCCGGUUUGACCGGGCCGCGGGAUCGGAGGACCUUUUCAGCAGCUCGGAGGACUGAGCGAUCGGGACCGGGAGAGUCGGGCCUGCUGCGCCGGAGCGGAUAGAGGCCCGUCUGCGAGAAACUCUAAUCCGGCCCGCUGCGCAAGACCCACCGGGCCACACAUACACAGUCAAGGGUGAGCGAGGCACGGAGCCAUCCCGAGCAAACAUUACCCCCAUUCUGACAAUAAACCGGAAUAAAACUGAAGUGUUUUGAACUGCUGUCAUGGCAAUGACUGCUAAACUAAAAGAAAUAGUCAGUCGGAAUAAGCGGAGGUACCAGGAGGAUGGAUUUGAUUUGGACCUCACUUACAUAUACCCUAACAUCAUUGCCAUGGGCUUUCCAGCCGAACGAUUGGAAGGUGUUUACCGAAACAACAUUGAUGACGUUGUCCGGUUUUUAGAUUCCAAGCAUAAGAAUCAUUAUAAAAUUUAUAAUCUAUGUGCUGAACGACACUACGAUGCAUCUAAAUUCAACUGUAGAGUGGCACAGUAUCCCUUCGAGGACCACAACCCUCCACAAUUGGAAUUAAUAAAGCCCUUCUGCGAGGAUCUCGACCAGUGGCUGUCCGAGGAUGAGAACCAUGUGGCUGCCAUCCACUGCAAGGCAGGCAAAGGUCGCACAGGUGUCAUGAUAUGUGCCUAUCUGCUGCAUCGCAAGAAGUUCGCAGAGGCUCAAGAGGCACUGGACUUUUAUGGGGAAGUCAGAACCAGGGAUAAAAAGGGGGUGACAAUUCCCAGCCAGCGCAGGUAUGUGUAUUACUACAGCUACCUGCUGAAGAACAAGCUGGACUAUAAACCCGUUGCCCUCCUCUUCCAUAAAAUGGUGUUCCAGACUUUGCCCAUGUUCAGUGGGGGCACCUGCAACCCUCAGUUCGUAGUGUAUCAGUUGAAGGUAAAGAUCCACACGUCAAAUCCAGCCCACACGCGAAGGGAAGAGAAGCACAUGAUCUUCGAGUUUCCUCAGCCGCUUCCGGUUUGUGGCGACAUCAAGGUGGAGUUUUUCCACAAGCAGAGCAAGAUGAUGAAGAAGGAUAAAAUGUUUCAUUUUUGGAUAAACACGUUCUUCAUCCCGGGGCCUGAGGAAGCAGGGGACAAAGUGGAGAACGGGUCGGUGGUGAACGACGUGGACAGCCUGUCUUGUCAGAGCCAGAGUUCACCGGCGGAACGGGACAGGGAGAAGGAGAGAGCCGUCGCAGCGGCUGCACUCGACAGAGAAAGAGGAGAGCAGCGAGCGGAUGGGGAAAAAGACUACUUGAUUUUGACCUUAACGAAGAACGACUUGGAUAAAGCCAACAAAGAUAAGGCUAACCGAUAUUUUUCACCCAACUUUAAGGUCAAAUUGUAUUUCACCAAGACCGUGGAGGAGCCCUCAAACUCAGAAGCAAGCACUUCAACUUCUGUCACUCCGGACGUGAGUGAUAAUGAACCCGAUCACUACCGUUAUUCAGACACCACUGAUUCUGACCCGGAAAAUGAACCUUUUGACGAGGAACAGCACGCACAGAUUACAAAAGUCUGAACUUAUAUUGGCAUCAACACACACUUACAUACAAACAAAACAAAUACAUGCCGGACAAAAAAACAAACUAAAAAAAAAAACAAGACAAACCAACCAACACCAGUGAAAUAAAAAAAGGAGAAAACUUGAAAAUAAACUGAAGAGAAAGGACCCUUCCUCCCGCAGCUCAAGGACAGUCCUGUCGAACACCAUCGAUCGCAGAAGAAGAAAUCCUGACCAAUAUAUUGUUUUACUUCAUUUUAAUUGAUGAAUUUUGCGCGUGGAGAACGACAUCGUUGCCUGAGGUCGGCGGGAGGGUCCUGUAGCUAUUCUGUGUGUAUAUAUAAAAAAAUCCCUUUUUUGUGUCAAAGACGAUUAAAAUCUAGGCAAUCAGGCGAGGAGAGGGGAGGGGAGUGGAGGAGAGGAAGAGCAGACCACACAUCUCUCCUUCUCCCUGUCUUCAUCCGGGUCAGUGCUGCAAUCACCCUCUCCGCCUCUCCCUCGCUCUUCCCCUCCUUACUGUGAAUGCUUUUCGUGCUGUCCGCAGGCGCAAGACCUUUCCCCCCUUCCUGCGCGCUCUCUGCUGCUGUACAGAGUCCUGAGGAUUUCUUGCAAAUGCUACGGCGUGCAAACGUUCCUUUCCCUCCUCUUUAAAACCUUACUUCUUGUCCUGUCCCGACCCGUUCCCUAUCCCCCCACCCCCCACUGUGUAUAACGAUAAAUUAUGCAGAAAAACACGACAUCCCAUGUAAUUGUCGAUGUUUUUGUUUUCUUUUAUUUUUUCCUUUUUUUAUCCUAAGAUAAUAAAAAAUAUAAUACAUGAAAGCGCAGGGAACCAGUGUUUGCAAUAAUGUUAACACUCAACAUUUAAAGGACAAAAAUUGGUGUGCAUGUCAUUGGAGUCAGUGUCCAUGUUUAAUAAAUGCUAUAUGAUGUGUUUUUAUUAAAACAGAAGUGUCGGAACUCUCUUAAA